AUGGUUCGGCGCUUGUUCUUGCCGUACUAUUCAAGGUCACGCGGGCCUCCGCGGUUGAGAUUCCAGGUUAUGGGCAUCCGAGGUCGACGGUUUCUGAAGUUGGUAGUUGCGAAUCAGCGUGACCCUCGAGAUGGCAAACACAUGGAAGUUUUGGGCAGUUUGCAGCGCCGCCCGUUGAACCCGAUUCCAUCAGCCAUAGACGAGACGCAUGACAGUCUUUGCGAAAUCCGACUACGCUUCAGUCGCGUGAAGUUUUGGCUGGGCGUGGGCUGCGAGAUGGGAAUCCCAGUGCAGAAUGCACUCGCUCACGCUAACUUGAUUCCUCCUCCACCACCGAAGUAUGGCCUGCGAACGAAAGGUCACUAUCAUUUGUUAUCGCAAAUAGUAGAACGCCGUGCUCAGAUGCACGCUGAACAGGUCAAAGCGUUCCUUAACCUUGACGACCCUUUCAUUAUAGAUGAAGCGUCACGUCCGGAACCGCCAGAGCCGGAAGAAAGCCCUGCACGAACGGUGGUUUCGGCGUUGUACCCCCCGGAAAUGCGAGCCCAAAUGAGAACUCCGGUGGAAUCGGACCCAUUGGAAGUGGGACAUGCUUCGCCAGGUACUGGCGUCAUUCGCCGCAUCGUAAGAUAG